ACGCGUCCGCCUGCGAGACCCAGAAUGCUCCGCGCCGAGCAAAGAUGGAAGAACCCAGCAGCUGCGGGAGAACAAUGUUUUGGCUCUAGAUAUUAAAAAACGGACAGCUGAGGGUAAACCACGCGAGCCAAAGCAGCAGGGUCAUGGUCCUGCACCGGAUCACAUUGAUUUUCACCACAUAGUUUUCCUGCCCGCCAGCCUUCACCAUGAGCAUCAUUCAAGACAAACUAGGGAAUGAAUUCCUGCGCUGCAACGGGAGCAUGGACUCCAGUUUUGGAGCAGGCAUGAUUAUGUUCAGCCAUCUCCCACCUGUCACCAGCUUCACACGGCUGGCUGCCCAUUCCGUAAUGCAGGACCUUCCACCUCAAGAAAUGAUCCUGAAGAAGGAGCGUGACUCCCCUGAUUGCACCAUGGACAACCAGGCUGGCAGCCUGGGAUGUGCAGGUGUGGGAGACUAUGUUCACACUAUAGGUAUCAAGCAGGAGAAGCUGACAGAGCACGAUUAUCGCUUGCCUCUCUACCCUGGUGGCCUGGUAAAGAGCACAGAGCUGCUGGAGGUAAAUGUUGGUAACAACCAAGAUUUAUUGGUGCACGAUCUCAACAUGGGCAGUCUGCCAAGUCAGUUAGAAAAGGAGCCCACUGGGAAAAAAGGUCGAAGGUCAAAUGGUGAUGGACAGGAGGGUAAACCAAGAAAGAAGAGAAGUGACGCAAAGCAGUCAGUGAUGCUGGAUGCAGAUGGAGGUAACCUGUCUCCAGGAUCCAGGCCUCACAUGUGUGAACAUUGCAAUGCAUCCUUCAGAAGCUCCUAUCAUCUACGCAGACACGUUCUCAUUCACACAGGUGAAAGACCCUUUAGAUGCACUCAGUGCAACAUGAGUUUCAUUCAGAAGUACCUUCUCCAGCGACACGAGAAAAUCCACAGUGGAGAGAAGCCAUUUAGCUGUGACCAGUGCAACAUGCGGUUUAUUCAGAAAUACCACAUGGAAAGACACAAAAGGACGCACAGUGGAGAAAAGCCGUACAGAUGUGAGACCUGCCAACAGUAUUUUUCUCGGACAGACCGACUGCUUAAGCACAAGCGAACCUGUGGAGAAGCCAUAAAGAAGGGGCUGGAUCCUGGGAUGAUGGACUUGAGUUGUGUAGAAAUGGGUAAUGGCAGCUAUGGGAUCACUCAGGGAAAUGCUGGGAGUGGCGGUAGGAAGAGGGGAAGGUCUAAAAAUUCUGGAGAGGGUGGGGAGCGCAAAAAGAAGAAGGGAGAUGGAGGGGGGUUGAGGGCAUCCCACAUGCAUGGGGCUGUAUCUGGAGGCUAUACUAUCCAUGAAUACUCACUGGAGAAUCAAGCGGUUUCUUCCUCUACUGAGCCAGACCCUAGAAUGCAACAAGGCCACAACGGCCAAGCUCCAAAGAUGGCAUUCAAAAAGGCCAAUCGUAAGGGCUUGGAUAAAGCAGGUCUGGGACAGGUCAAAGCAGGUACGUUGGAGCAGGGUGGGGGUAUGGAUGGCCUUGGGCUCCUGCAGGGUAAUGGGGCUAAAGUCGGACCCACCAGCAGCAAUUACGAUGACGCCAUGCAGUUUCUGAAGAAGCGUCGCUACCUUCAAGCAGCAAACAAUGCAAACGCCUCGGGACCUCCUGUAGCUGGAGGAUCUAGCACUGAGUAUGAUGUAAGCAUCCACUUGUCUUCCCAGCCUUCUGUAAUCCAGGGUGGCAUUUCUGGUGUAAUGGACAGCGAUGCUUCUCUUAGUCUUGACAAGUCAGGGAUCCCUGAUGAAGUGUUGCAGAGUCUGCUGGACCAUUAUGCCCAGAAACCUGAUAACUCACACCAGGAUGUUCACUUUGACAUCAAUGACCAACAUGUGGCACUGAACCCUACCACAUCUGAUGGUGCUGACAUCAGCCACAACACCAACACACCCAGCCCAUCAGGAGACAAGACUGUGAUGAUGCACGAAUACUCCCGCUUCCUGCUGCAAGCUUUGGAGCGCACCAGCCACAGUGCAGGCUUCCCUCUGGGACCUCCUGCCUCAGGACCCUUCACUGGUUCCCACCCAGGAAAUCCCAUCUACGCUGACAAGAACAUCUACACUACGUCCCCACUGGAGUGCGGGUUUGGCCAGUCGCUGUCUUCGCUGUCCUCCUCUGUGCCAAAGUCUCACUUUGCGAUGCUGACAGGCUCCUCACCACAGCACAGCUUCCACCUGGGCAGCCUGGAGGCCUCCACACACCAGCAGCUCACCCCUUCUCAGGAGCUCACCGAACAGAUGGAGAAACAGCACUCCUCCACUCCCCCUUCAUCCUACCAGAUCAGCCCAUCUGACCUGAGUAGCCAGAAGGACCACCCGCCUGUCAAAAAUGGUACAGCGGCAGCCUACCCUCUGGCCCCCUCGCAGGAUCUGGCCUCUCUGGACUCCUCUAAGCCUUCCUACCAGAUUGAAAACUUUGCCCAGGCCUUUGGCUCCCAGUUUAAGUCAGAUGGCAGAGGCUUGUCUUACGGCACUGACUCUGGCAGGGAGGUGGAUCACAGGAUACGGACACCUGUGUCUGAAUUCUCAGGGUAUAGUAGUUUGUUAUCUGAUGUCAAUGAGCCAGUAAGUACAGGUUCCAAAACUCCGACAAGCCAAAGCUACAGAUGAGAGCCUGAGAACGAGUAAAUGCUCUGUUGUUAAAGUUGAUGUCCUUAUUUUAAUUUUUCAGUGCUCCUAUUUUAUUAUUAUUAUUGUUAUUUUUUUAAGUGACAUCUAUAUUUUAAUUAUACUGAUGCUUUGUCUUUGUGCCCACUCCUCUUCCUGCAAUGAGCCUGGAAGGCUUCCUGCAAAUGCAAGUUUUUUAUUAUUAUUUUUUUUUAAGUAUCUGUAAUUUUAAGUUAAAUAUGUACUUUACUGUUUAUUCUGGUCACAUUAGUGACAUUAGGUUUGGUCAUUAAUUAUGAACUUUUUCAGUAAGUGUAGGGUAAGAGCCAGACGUAUUUCUUUUUCAACGAGCUGAAGUGUUUGAGCAAUCAACUUUACAACAUAGAAAUAACCACGAUGGCAGGGAUUAGCCCAGAAUAAAACUAGCAAAAAAAACAA